AUGCUUGUCGGUAAACUGGCCUCUCUGGCUGUGCAGUCUGUCUCUAUGCUGGCCUCUCUGGCUGUGCAGUCUGUCUCUAUGCUGGCCUCUCUGGCUGUGCAGUCUGUCUCUAUGCUGGCCUCUCUGGCUGUGCAGUCUGUCUCUAUGCUGGCCUCUCUGGCUGUGCAGUCUGUCUCUAUGCUGGCCUCUCUGGCUGUGCAGUCUGUCUCUAUGUUGGCCUCUCUGGCUGUGCAGUCUGUCUCUAUGCUGGCCUCUCUGGCUGUGCAGUCUGUCUCUAUGUUGGCCUCUCUGGCUGUGCAGUCUGUCUCUAUGCUGGCCUCUCUGGCUGUGCAGUCUGUCUCUAUGCUGGCCUCUCUGGCUGUGCAGUCUGUCUCUAUGCUGGCCUCUCUGGCUGUGCAGUCUGUCUCUAUGCUGGCCUCUCUGGCUGUGCAGUCUGUCUCUAUGCUGGCCUCUCUGGCUGUGCAGUCUGUCUCUAUGCUGGCCUCUCACACUGUUUGUGUUUUCUUGAAUAAGAAGCCAUUUCAUUAA